AAGCGCCUGUAUUUCGUGUCACACGUACAAAGCUGAGUUCCCAAGCAGGAGAAGUCGUUCAAACCGUUCAUGAUUUGACACAACAAGAUUGUGGCUUUGAAAGUGUCGCCUCGAUUAAAUCGUUACACACUCAAACUCCGCUGACCAAGAAUAUCAUACUGAAAGUGAUAUGAAGAAGGAAAGGCCGUGACAGAGUGAAUUUGAAGAUAAGAGUAGCCUCGGUGAAUGCAGGAAUAUGCCUUCAGCUACCGUGUUCUAUAGAUUGAAAGUCACAUAUAUUGACACUGAAUCAGGAACAAUGAAAGUGAAAUGUGCACAUAUGCCAAGUUAAGAAAUAAAGGACAUACAUAUUGCAGGAAUAAAGAAGCAAAGUAAAUUAAAAGCAGGUUUUAAGUGGAUGAAAAUACAUGCAAUAAAGGAAGUCUUUUGUAGAAGUCUUGUUGAUAUGAUAAUGAUAUGAUAAUACAUGUUGAAAAAGAUGCACAUCUACUAGAAGGUGGGACCAACCCAAUAGGGCAGCAGAAGGGAGGAGGGACUAUGCCCAAUAAUGAAGAAUGUGGUAUUAGAGAUGUAUGGGGACACAAUCUGGAAGAGGAAUUUCGCACAAUUCGUCAAGUUGUACAGCAAUAUCAAUACAUUGCAAUGGAUACAGAAUUUCCCGGUGUUGUAGCUAGGCCUAUUGGUGAAUUCAGAACUAACGCCGAUUAUCAAUACCAGCUCUUACGUUGCAAUGUAGAUCUUUUGCGAAUAAUUCAACUUGGUCUCACAUUCCUUGAUGAAUCGGGGAAUACGCCUGGCGGUAGCUACACAACAUGGCAGUUUAAUUUUAAAUUCAAUUUACAUGAAGACAUGUAUGCACAAGAUAGUAUAGACAUGCUACAAAAUAGUGGUAUACAGUUCAAAAAACAUGAAGAGGAAGGCAUCGAUCCUUUAGAAUUUGCCGAACUGCUAAUGACAUCCGGAAUUGUUCUUGUUGAUGACAUAAAAUGGCUAUCCUUUCAUUCUGGCUACGACUUUGGUUAUUUGCUGAAACUUCUCACGGAUCAGAAAUUGCCACAGGAGGAAAGUGAAUUUUUCGAACUAUUGAGGAUAUACUUUCCGACGAUAUACGAUGUAAAAUACUUAAUGAAAUCGUGCAAGAACUUAAAAGGUGGUUUACAAGAAGUGGCAGAACAACUGGAAAUUCAAAGAGUAGGUCCUCAGCAUCAAGCCGGGUCUGAUUCUCUUCUCACUGGAAUGGUCUUUUUUAAAAUGCGCGAGAUGUUUUUUGAGGAUAAUAUUGAUGAUGCAAAAUAUUGUGGACACUUAUAUGGUUUGGGAACGUCAUUUGUCAUGAAUGGAUCUAGCGGAUACAUGGACAGUAAUGGAGAUAAUGCCUCGACAUCGUAAUGUUAAAGAAAGAAUCAAUCGUAACAGAGAGAUUAUUUCAUUACAAAUAAAAUGUUACAAAAAAAUCUUUUCACUUAAUGAUCAAGUGUAUGGUUCAUAUCCGCAAUAUUAUAUCGACAUCAUUGCUGCAGGUUCCACUUGAAAGUCGAUUUAGACAUGUUCUUUUUCAGAUCUACGAACCUUUUUUUUUUAAUUUUUUUUGGAUUCAAUAUAAGUCUGUGACUCUUUUAUAGAUUCCUUCUGUGAUACGUACCACCAAUCGAAAAUAUUUACAACACUAAACCGCAAAUAAAAAAUAUGUAAUAUAAUUUUUUUUGUAAACA